AUGGAUGCGAAUCAAUUCAAAUAUUUCAUGGAUCAACAAGCCCAAAUGUUCAGUCAACUACUACAAGGAAUCAACAAACGCUCUGGAGCGCAGUCAAAUGCAGUUCCGGUUUCUCAGUCACAACCUUGUGCAGCGAAUGUGUCAGUUCCUCAACCGUCCCCUCUGUCGCUGGUAGGCGACAUGGAGGUUAACUUCGAAUUUUUCGAAAGGAGCUGGAAUGAUUACGCCAAAGCGAUUGGAAUGGACCGUUGGCCCGAAGCUGAUAACCCGCAGAAGGUUAGUUUCUUACUUUCCAUUGUAGGAGAGCCUGCUCGUAAGAAAUUUUUCAACUUCGAACUAACCGCUGAACAAAGAGCGAAUCCGGAAGUCGCGCUGCUAGCAAUCAAGGCCAAAGUGGUAUCCAAGCGAAACAUUCUUCUGGAUAGGUUGGACUUCUUCAAUUCGGAACAGCAGUGUGACGAGACCAUUGACGACUUCACUACGCGUCUGAAGAUUCUGGCCAAAAUGGCUCAUCUGGGUGUUUUGGAAGAAGAAUUGGUGACUUUCAAAAUCGUUACAGCCAAUAAGUGGUCCCAUCUUCGAACGAAAAUGAUUAUUAUCCCGGACAUCACCAGAGAGAAAGCCGUCGACAUAUGCAGAGCCGAAGAAAUAACCACUCAACGCGCUAAGGACUUGCACGUUCCCUCAACACCAGCAGAAGUGAAUAAGGUAGAAAAACCCCUAAACAAGAAACAUAAUUUGUGCAAAUUCUGUGGAGACCGUCAUGAGUUUGCCAAAGGAGUUUGUCCAGCCCUGGGAAAGCGAUGUAAGCGAUGCAAUGGCAAGAACCACUACAAAAAGGUAUGUAAAUCUAAACAUAGCUCAAAACGACGUUCGAAAAAAAUAAAGGAAAUACGGGAAGAAGACAGUGAAACAGACAACCAAUCAUCAUCCUCGAAUGAUGCUUCAUCCGAACAAAGUGACUGCGAAUACGAGAUAGGAAAGAUAUUCGACUAUUCCGACAAGGGUGGUAGUGUUCUUGCUGAACUCGAUCUAAAAUUCUCUGAUUCCUGGUCCUCAGUUGUCUGCGAGAUUGAUACUGGGGCGAAUACCAGUUUGAUUGGUUACAAAUGGCUAUUGAAGUUGAGCAAUGAGGUAGUUCCGUCCCUGUCACCUUCCACAUACCGUCUCCAAAGCUUUGGUGGGAAUCCGAUAAAAGUCUUGGGUCAAGUUAAAAUUCCCUGCAGAAGAUCGGGUAGACGUUAUCUUCUUGUACUCCAAGUUGUUGAUGUUAAUCAUCGUCCACUGCUCUCAGCGAAAGCUUCUCGUAUUCUGGGAUUAAUAAAAUUUUGUAAUUCCGUAAAUGUAUCACAAUCCACUUCCACUGAUACAAAGGAAAAACUUCUCCAAGUAUACCGAAUUAAGGCUGAAAAAAUGAUCCAGGGACACGCAUCGCUAUUCUCGGGCUAUGGGCAGUUUCCAGGGACAGUUACUCUUGAAGUAGAUAAUACCAUUCCACCUUCAAUUCAACCACCGAGAAGAAUCCCCAUCGCUAUACGUCCAAAAUUGGAAAAGGAAUUGAAUGCCCUUGAGAAAGAUAAGAUCAUCGUAAAGGAACCUCAGCAUACAGAAUGGGUUAGCAAUAUCGUCAUCGUACAACGUGGAGGAGAACAAAAGGGUAUUCGAAUUUGUUUGGAUCCAAUUCACCUCAACAAAUCUUUGAAACGUCCACACCUCCAAUUCAAUACUUUGGACGAAAUUCUUCCGGACUUAGGCAAAGCAAAGGUGUUUUCGACCAUGGACACUAAAAAGGGAUUUUGGCACGUCGUACUGGACGAACCUAGUAGCAAAUUAACUACUUUUUGGACUCCUUUCGGAAGGUAUCGUUGGUUGAGAAUGCCUUUCGGAAUCGCUCCAGCACCAGAAAUCUUUAGAAUGAAACUGCAAGAAAUAAUACAAGGUUUAAAGGGUGUUGAAAGUCUCGCUGAUGAUAUCCUGGUAUACGGAGUAGGAGACAGUUUCGAAGAAGCUUUGAUAAACCACAACAUUUCGCUUAAAAAUCUUCUGUGUUGUUUAGACAAAAAUUGUGUGCGCCUAAAUAAAGACAAGCUUAAACUUUGCCAGACGUCUGUUCAAUUUUUCGGGCAUGUGCUCACAGACUGUGGCCUAGAACCUGAUCAAUCUAAAAUUUCAACCAUUCGUAACUUCCCAACACCAACUAACCACAAAGAAGUCCAUAGGUUUAUUGGAAUGGUUAAUUACCUCAGUCGUUAUAUUCGAAAUCUCAGCGUAAAUUUGACACACCUGAGGAAAUUGAUUUUGCAAGACCAACAAUGGAAUUGGACGUCGGUAGAAAAUGAGGAAUUUCUACGAAUCAAGUCAAUGGUAUCAGAUAUCAAAACUCUUUGUUACUACGAUGUCAACUUACCAUUAAUUAUAGAGUGCGACGCCAGUUGUUUUGGACUAGGAGUAGCUUUAUUUCAAGGCAAUGGUGUAAUAGGUUACGCAUCUCGAACUCUUACACCUACGGAGCGCAAUUAUGCACAAAUAGAAAAGGAGUUACUAGCGAUUGUGUUUGCUUGUACCAGAUUCGAUCAGCUUGUCGUGGGGAACCCGAAAACCAUAGUCAAAACUGAUCACAAACCACUCCUAAAUGUUUUCCGAAAACCUCUGCUAACAGCUCCUAAAAGGCUCCAACAUAUGUUGCUGAACCUCCAGCGGUACAAUAUAGUAUUGGAAUAUGUUACAGGAAAGGAAAAUGUAGUUGCUGAUGCACUAUCUCGAGCCCCAUUCGAUGACAAAAAUAGUGCACAUUCCUACCAGAAGCAGAAUAUAUACAAAAUUUUCCAAGAGUUGGAAAAAAUAGAUCCGAAGAUCUUCCUAAGUAUUUCGGAUGCAAGAUUAAGUGAAAUUAUACAAGAAACAGAAAAAGAUAAAACACUGCAACUAAUCAUAAACUACAUUCAAUAUGGUUGGCCUUCCUCCGCUGACCAAGUGCCAGACGACGUAAAAAUUUAUUAUAAUCAUCGUGCUGAAUAUUCCACGCAAGAUGGACUCAUCUUUCGUAAUGAUCGGAUACUUAUCCCUUAUACACUCCGUCGAAGCUUGAUUGAUAAGUGUCAUACCAGCCAUAACGGAAUCGAAGCAACUCUUCAGCUUGCAAGGGCAAAUUUGUUUUGGCCUGGCAUGAGCUCACAAAUAAAAAAUGCUGUCCAAGGUUGUCCGGUGUGUGCCAAGUUCGCGUCGUCACAGCCUAAUCCACCGAUGCUGAGCCACAGCAUUCCAAUUUAUCCAUUUCAGCUAAUAUCGAUGGAUGUUUUCUUUUUGGAAUAUCGUAAUACCAAAUGCAAAUGGUUGGUCACCGUAGACCAUUAUUCGGAUUUUUUCGAAUUGGAUAUUCUUCCGAAUUUAACACCAGAAUCAGUGAUAGCUGCUUGCAAAGAAAAUUUUGCUCGUCAUGGGACACCACAAAGGGUGAUAACAGACAACGGAACACAUUUCGUUAGCCCCAAAAUGGUCGAAUUUGCAACAAACUGGGAAUUCGAACACGUUACCUCCUCUCCUCAUCAUCAACAAGCCAACGGAAAAUCGGAAGCAGCAGUCAAGAUUGCAAAGCGAUUGAUCAGGAAGGCUGAUGAAACGGGCGCCGAUUAUUGGUUUGCUCUUCUUCACUGGCGCAAUAUUCCAAACAAAAUUGGAUCCAGUCCAGCAGCUCGAUUGUUUUCCAGAUCAACACGGUGUUCGGUUCCGACUGCAGCUGCCAAUUUAAUCCCAAAAGUCGUGGAAAAUGUUCCGGAAUCUAUCGAGAAAAAUAGAAAGCUAUUCAAAAAGCAAUAUGAUAAACAGAGCCGAGACUUACCUAUUCUUCAGAGUGGGUCCCCAGUGUUUGUUCAGUUGAAUCCGGAUGCCUCGAAGCUAUGGUCACCUGGUACAGUAUCUUCCAAACUAAACGACCGUUCCUACCUAGUUAACGUGGGAGGAAAGGAUUACCGCCGUAGUUUGGUCAACUUGAAACCGCGUAAGGAACCCGAAUCGUCGCCUUGCCAUCCAGCACAACCAAAACAAACUUUGGAUGAAAAACAAACAACGACUACACCGCCUUCGCCGCCUGCUGCUAUCAGAUGUCAACCACCCAACGACGGUGUAAUCGAAUCACCGCCUACUACCACAACUUCAACCUCAUCGAAUAUGUUACCGAGUACAUCGAAGAUCAAUUCACCUACCAGGGUGGACCACACUUCUCGUCCUAAAAGAGAAAUUCGAAUUCCAACGAAACUUCAGGACUAUGAAUUGGAAUAUUAA